AGCUAACGAGCUAGCCACUUCUGCUCGGGCCUCGUUGCUGACGUUACUUAGCAACUAAGAACGUCCGUACUUUGUAACCUCGCUGCUUUGGUGUGAUCGGUGUGGCCAUGGCGCUGCCACAGAGCAGCUCACUUGUACGCGCCGAACCUUGUGUUAAGCUAUCGGUCCGGGUUUGUUAGACUUGUGGUGAACUUGCAGCAGCAGUGAGCCCUGCUGGAGUGUCGGUAUUACUGCGAAGACUUGCGAAAUGUUUCAUGUUCGGGGCGGACAGUGAGCUCCGCGAAUGCGUGGACGUUUGGCGUCUAGGAACUGAAUUUAGAGUCUAGUGUUUGACGAAUGGAUGGGGAAAUCGACACACGUGGCUAAGGAGGUUGUCCCUUUUGGAGCAUCUUCCCUUUCUCCCUCGUCCCCUUUCCUUUUUUGUUUUGUUUGUUUUCUUUCCUUUCUCUUUUUAAGGGGGCACCACCUGAAAGAAGUUCUGCUUAUCUGUUGAUUUCAUGGUUUGGUUUGGUUUUGCACUGAGUAUUUGUGGAUUUCAUCAAUCGCAAAAAGAAACAUGAGCACCGCUAAGCCCAGUGGACUUAAAGUGCCCAGCAAGAUAACCAAGCCAGCUGGGACGAAAGCCCCGAAAACGAACCUCAGUGCAGCUGGAGCUAAAGCUGAGCCUGAGAAGAAUGCAUCAUCUGCUGAAGAUACCCAAAAUGGAGGGGAGAAUUUCCAGCUUGGGGAGCGGGUAUGGGUGAAUGGGAAUAAGCCUGGCUUCAUUCAUUUUUUGGGAGAGACACAGUUUGCCCCGGGACAGUGGGCGGGUAUCGUUCUCGACGAGCCAAUCGGAAAGAAUGACGGUUCCGUGGCUGGCGUACGUUACUUCCAGUGUGAGCCUCUACGAGGAAUAUUCACCCGUCCGUCCAAACUGUCUCGCACCGAAGGGGAGUCCAAUGGCACUCAGACAGCACCACAGUCACGGGCCGCAUCACCGACUCCUUCAGUGGGUAGCGUGGCUUCCCACACGCCUUCUACAAAAUUAAAGACUGUGGCGACAAAGAAGGUGCCGCCUGCUUCCCCGGCAGUGACGUCUUCCAACCUUGUUGGAACAAACAGUGAAUCCGUCUCAAACCUGUCGGAGAGCGGAUCUGUUAAAAAAGGCGAACGAGAGCUCAAAAUAGGAGAUCGUGUUUUGGUUGGCGGCACAAAGGCUGGCGUGGUGCGUUUCCUUGGGGAAACAGAUUUUGCUAAAGGUGAAUGGUGUGGUGUUGAGUUGGAUGAGCCUUUAGGAAAGAAUGACGGCGCAGUGGCUGGCACAAGGUAUUUCCAGUGCCAGCCUAAGUAUGGCUUGUUUGCCCCUGUACACAAGGUGACACGGAUUGGUUUCCCCUCGACCACACCAGCCAAAUCAAAAACUACAGUUCGUAAAGUGGGCACGACUCCAUCAGGACUGAAGAGAAGCCCGAGUGCUUCGUCUGUCAGCACCAUGAGCUCUGCAGUUUCUGUCAGUGCAAUGCCCAGUCGCUCCGGCCUGCUUGCAGAGACGUCAUCACGCUACAGCCGUAAGAUUUCAAGCACCACAGCGCUACAGGAAGCGCUGAAAGAGAAACAACAGCACAUUGAACAGCUCAUGGUUGAGAGGGAUAUGGAGAAAGCGGAGGUUGCCAAAGCCACCAGCCAUGCUGGAGAGAUGGAGCAGGAAAUGAACCUGCUCAGGGAUGAGCAUGAGCAGAUGGAGUCUAAAAUGGAUCAGUUGCGUGCCUUGGUAGAAGCUGCUGACAAAGACAAAGUAACUCUGCUAAAUCAACUGGAGGAGGAGCGUCGUAAAGUGGAGGAUCUUCAAUUCAGAGUAGAAGAGGCAUGUAUUGCCAAAGGAGAGUUGGAGACGCAGACCAGACUGGAGCAUGCCCAGAUUAAGGAGCUUGAACAGAGCCUGCUCUUUGAAAAGACCAAAGCUGAGAAACUCCAAAGAGAGUUAGAAGACACUAGGGUUGCCACAGUGUCUGAAAAAUCCCGCAUCAUGGAGCUUGAAAGGGACCUUUCACAACAGAACAGAGAAGUGGCUGACCUGCAGCUCCGUCUUGGGGCCAAAGAUGGCUCCGUGGACCCGGACUCCACCCUUUCCAACCUCCUGGAAGAGGUCAACAGGUUGAGAAGUCAGUUGUCCUCUCAAGAUGUUAGGCACCAAGAGGAGAUGGCAAAGCAGAAGGUGGAACUUGAAUCUCAAGAGAAGGCUCACAUAGAGAUGACGGCUCAGCUUCAGGCGGCAUCUAUUCAGCUGUCUAGUGACAAAGAGCAGUUGCAUAUCCGCUUGAGUCAGGCUGAGAAGGAGAAGGCAGAUGAUGUGGAAGCUUGGAAGACCAAGCUAGAGUCCGUUACCACCUCUCACCAACAAGCCAUGGAGGAGCUGAAGUUGUCCUUGAGUGCUGGCAAUGUGCAAGUGUCAGAGCUUGAAGAAACCAAAGCAGCUCUAGAGAAGCUAAAGCUGGAGCACAAAUUGGCUAUAGAGGAAUUGGACGCCAAGCAUGUUGCUGAGCUAACUGCUUGUGCUCAUAAGGCUCAGGAGCUGAAAGCAUUGCUGUCAUCAUUGACAGACGAGAAGGACCAACUGAAGGAGAUGUUGCGAUCGAGUGUUGAUAAAGCUGAGGACCAGCACCUGGUGGAGAUGGAGGAGGUUCUUGGAAAGUUGAAUGCUGCAGAACUUCGAGUUAAAGAACUUGAGGAGAAAGAAGUUCUGAUGGCACAACAAUCCUUGGAAAAGGAUACCAAAGCUGAAGAGCAGAUGGCGGAAGUUGUGGCUCUACGCAGCCAAGUGACACAAAGUAACCAGGAGCUUGAGACCUUGAAGACACAGCUGGCAGACGUGGAAAAACAAGGGAACGCUCAGGACUCUAAGGUUGGUGAGCUGGGUUCCAAGUUGCAGUUCAAAGAGCAAGAAGUUCUCACCCUGCAGCAGAGUCUGACAGCUGUGCAGCAGGAAGUGAAAACUCUGGAACAGCAGCUUGAUGGCAUGAAGCAGAAGUUGACUGAAAGCACAGAGCAACAUUCAAAAUCAGCAAUCACUAUGCAAGACACCGUUGAGAAGUUCACUCAGAAGGAGGAACAGUGCGCAUCACUGACAGCAGAGGCUGAAACCCUUAAAACUCAACUCAGUGGCCUGGAGAGGAAGCUGGGGGCGGCAGACAAGAGAGUGGAGCAACUCACCAAGGACAAGAGCAAGCUGGAAAAUGAUAUUUCAGAGAUGAUGAAGGCUUCUGGAGAUAGUUCAGUUCAGCUUACUAAGAUGAAUGACGAUUUGAAAGAAAAAGAAAGGCGGGUGGAGGAGUUACAGAAUCAGCUGGCAGAGCAGAAGGAGACCAUUUCUAACCUGAGUGAAAAACAUUCACGCGAACUGAAUCAAAAGGAACAGGAGCUGACUGACACCAGAGGAGGACUCGAAUCUCAAAUUGACAGCCUUCAAGAGAAGAUUACAACCUUGGAAAAGACUGUUCUCCAGGGAGAGACUCUUGUGGAGGAACUGAAGCAGUCUAAAGAGAAAAGUCUGUCUGAGGUCUCAAGCCUUCAUGGGAAGGAACUUCAGGUCUUGCAGGAUCAGCUGGACAAGUUAAAGCAUGAGAUCUCACAGUCCACAGACAAAAACCAGCAGCUGGAGAAGUUGGUAACUGAGUUGAAGCCAUUCAAGGAACAAGUUCAGUGUGUUUCUGCUGAGCUUGACUCCUCCAAGCAUGAUGUGAAAAACUUGUCCAAAAAACUGGAGACUCAGAAUAUAGAUCUUGUGAACAUGACUAAACAAUGCGCAGACGUUAACACAGAGAAAUGUGAUCUGGAGAAACGGCUUUCAUGCAUACAAAAUGAGCUAUCGGAGAAGGAGGGUCGUCUCGAGCAGCUGUUGGCACAGAAUAAGGAACUGCUGGAGUCAAGAGAAAUGUACACGAAACAGCAAGAUGAUCUUCUUGUGCAAAAUACAUGUUUGGAUCAAGAAAAGGAAUCACUGAACAACAAACUCAGGGAAGUAAAUAGCAGUUUGCAAGAAGCCCAAGAAGACAACACAGCUCUGAAACAGUCAGUUCAGGAACACAAGGACAAAAUUGAGGAGCUUCAGAAGAUAGUUACAGGGAACAAUGAGUUAAUCCAAAACCAUCAACAGCGCAUCGAGGAACAACAGGCUCAAACAAAGCAACUUGUUGACGAUUAUGAAAAUGUGUGCAAGGAAAAGAAGAGGGUUGAAGAGGACCUCAGUGAAGCCAGAUCGAACUUCACAACUGAAAGGGAGACCCUGCUCUCAGACAUCAAUGCUGCUAAAAAUGCCAAAAAGUCUCUGGAUGCUAAAAAUGCUGAGCUGCAGGCCAAAUUUCAAUCGAUGAAGUUAGAAAAAGAAGACCUGACAAUGAAGAAUACUCAGCUACAAGCUCUCACAGAAACACUGACGAAAGAGAAGGCAGAGUUGGCAGGUCAAAUCAGUGUUGCCGCGACUGAUAAAAAGAGCCUAGAAUUGCUGAAGGAGGAGCUUCAGAACAAGCUAGCUGUCUCCAAGAAAGACCUGGAGUCUUCAGUUCGCGAGGUCCAAGAUCUUCAAGCAUCGAAACUGAGCUUGGCCCAGAUGCUGGAAGAAUUUAAAACAAGUAAUGAGAUUACCGAUUCUGAAAGGAUUCAGCUUAUACAGGAGAAGGAAAGCUUGCUGACGAUUCAAAGGAAGGUCAGCAAUGAGAAAGACGAGCUAGUAAAAGAAAUUGAAGAAUUAAAUGGGAAGCUGAAAGAUCUGAGGCUGGAACUCUCUCAGACCAAUGACAGAUUACAAGACGCCUUGUCAUCACUUGAACAGGAGAAGCGGGCGUUGAACACUCAGAGCUCUGAAUCCAAGAUGGCUCUACAUGAGUUACAAAAAGAAAAGUUGGCAUUGGAAGGAGCUCUGGAGAAGCAGAUGGCUGAAUUUGAGCAUUUGUCUAUUGAGAAAGGUGAGCUGGAGGAGAAGCUUAGUAAAGUACUGUCUGAGAAAGAGAGUCUUUCUCUUGAGAGGGAGAAACUGUGUUCUGAUAUCAGGUCAAUUGCUGACCAGUUGGACAGUCACACGAAGGCCAACAGUGAACUUAUCCAAGAAAAGACUAAAUUAUUAGCACUACUGGGGGAAACACAAAACAAGCACAGUUUGGCUGAAAGUGAGUUACAUUUAUUUCGAAAAGAAAAAAGCGAGCUUGAGCAGACCCUGGACAAGCAGAAGUCACGUAUUGAGAUGUUUGAGAAAAGCCAAACUGAGCUCGGUCAAGAACAUGAGGCACUAAAAACCAAUUCUGAAAAGAAUAAGGUGGAACUGACUCAGCAAAUAAGUGAUCUUAGAAGACAGUGUGAGAGUCUGCAGUCAUCACAAAGCCAAGCAGAUGUCCAACUGCAGGCCUUAGAGAGCCAAAAGACGAGUCUCCUUCAGCAGAUUCAGGACUUGAAGCAACACAGUGAUUUGAUGUCUGAGGCGAAGAACCGUCUAGAGAAUCAGCUUCAGGCAGAGUGCGGAGAACGGAGUAAAGUUCUCACCGACAAGGAUGGCCUGGAAAGACAAAUGGAUGGGCUUAGAAAACAGGUGUCGCUACUGGAAGAAGAGAAGGCAGAACACUUGUCUCAUCUCAAGGAUGCUGAUGAACAGAAGGCAGCUUUUAGGGUGGAGAUGGGCGAGACAAGUGCUCGACUGAAGAGGCUAGAGCACGAAACUAGUCAGUUGUCUCAAGACAAGCAAGAACUUCUGUCUCAAGUUAAGGAGAUGGAGCAACAAGCACUUGAACUGACCUCUGAGAAGAAGAACCUUUUAGAUGAGCAGUCUAAACUGGAGCAAGCGGUGACCUCUCUACGCGUCAGUCAAGAAGACUGGCUGUCAGAGCGCGCUAAGUUUCUUGAAGAUCUGGAGAACGAAAAAGCGAACAUGCAACAAUUUGAGGUCGAGUUCAAAGCUGUCCAAGCCGAAAAAGAUCUUCUACAAAAGCAACACCAGUCUGCCAUUGAGGAAGGAAAGGCUGUUGAGAACAAGCUCUCCUCCGACCUGUCCACGAUAACAGCCCUGAAGGAUUCACUGCAAGCGGAAAAAGACGAGUCCAUCCAGCGAGUCCAGCAGCUCGAGUCCCAACUAAAACUUGCCCUUUCUAAGCAGCUUGAGGCUUCAGAGUCUUCCGGCAAAACUAACAAAGCACUUGAGCAGCUGACGCUAGAGAAGGACAGCUUGCUCCAAGAAAAGAGCAAAGCUGCUGCUCUAUUGGAAGAGGCCAGACAUUCUAAAGAGGAGUUGGAAGCUCAGCUGGCAGUGCUGAAGAAGGAUAAUUCCAAGUACAGAGAAGAUCUAAAUGGAUCCAAAGAGCUGCUUUGCACAGAAACUCAGAAGAAUAAGAGUCUGUGUGAGCAAGUUAAAAAGCUUGAAGACACAGUUAAUGAGAAGUCUACAGCUCUUCAGAUGCUGCAAGAAGAGAAGGACAAGUUGACUCAGGACCUUGAAAGCAAUCAGAAAGGGCAGAAUGAGCUUGUGAAGCUCAAGGAAGAUCGAAAAGCACUCAAAAAACAGCUGGAGGAGUUGAAGAAAAGCCUGCCAAGCAAUGGUUUCAGUGAAAGCAGCCUGAAGGAGAAGUUGGACAAGCAGAAGACGGACCUCCAACAGACAGUCCAUAAAAACAGUGCCUUAAUCUCAGAAAAGGAUCAGCUGGUCGAAAAUCUGAAGGCCGAGCUGACCUCUCUUCGCGGUGAAAGUGCCUCGGUUAAAUCUCUGCACGAGACAAUUCAGACUCUGGAGAAGGACAAGCUGCGUCUCAAGGAGCAGGUGGAGAGGCUCGAGAGGGACGGAGUGGUGGGCGCCUCAGGUGAUGCGAGUGGGGACAAGCAGAAUGAAGACGAAGAUGAUGCGGAGGGUCAGAUCCAGUUCCUCAAUUCAGUCAUCGUGGACCUUCAGAGGAAGAACCAGGAACUCAAGGAGAAACUGGAAAAAAUGGCCACCGCUGCUCUAAAUGGGAACAACCAGAGCGAGCUGGAUAACUACAACAGUGCUGAGAAAGAGCACGUGAAGAAGAAGCCUCCUCCGCGACUCUUCUGCGACAUCUGCGACUGCUUCGACCUGCACGACACGGAGGACUGCCCCACGCAGAUGCAGAUGCCCGACUCGCCGCCUCACACCAGCUACCACGGCAAUAAAGGCGAAGAGCGGCCGUACUGUGACAUCUGUGAGGUGUUCGGCCACUGGACAGACUCCUGCAACGACGACCAGACCUUCUAAUGCCUUCGACGUCCGAUCGCACAAUCACUGUACUUGCACAUGAUCUGGGAUAACGCUGUGCUUUUUAGUGUGACGGUGGUUCUGAAACAGCAUCUGGACUAAAGCACAUGGCAAUCAAGCUAUUUGUAUUAUUUCUAUUACAAACAGGGGAGAUGUGCGCAUGUGUGACACCUGGUGGUGACGUGGGAUGAACAUAUUACGAGAGAAGAUUCUUCCGAUCUUUUAAUUUAUGAAGAGAUCAUUUGCACAGCUUGUCAGUGAGACACACUUUGUUUGAAAAUGUAAAUGACUUGAUCAGUUUCUGCAAAAAGAAAAAAAGAAAAGAUCCAUAGUUUAUUUUUAUAUGCUGGAAAUCGGUUGUGUGACGGAUGAGAACAGCAGUGGUCCUCGUGUGCGUCGGCUGAAACGGGAACUCGGGGAAAUGUGAGCACUUCCCACUUUGAUGGAAUCAGUUCCGCAUGAAUUGCCUUCCCAAAUUAGCUUUUUAACAAUUGCGCAAUGUCUUUGUGAGACAUUGAAACAAUUUGUCCAAAACUGUUUAAAAUAAAGUUCAUUUAUGCUUAAAUUGAAA